AAUAGUAAUUUCUAACAAGAAAGUGGUUGAAAACUUGAGAGAACAUUUGUGAUUGUCGAUAGAAAUGUACUUUGUUGUUGAAUUUGUGUGUGGAGGAUGGGCACUGGGCUCGGCUUAGGUUUGAGUUUGGCUGUGGUUUGGGUGUAACUCGCCGACCGGAAAUAAUCUUGUACACGUUGAUGAAAUUCGGCCUCCAUUUUGAAACGUUUCUUCUCGAGAAUUUUCGGUCGAAUAAGACGAGAAUUUGUGAUUAAAUAUCAUCGAUUAACUACUUAUAUAAAGAACGAAGCUGCUCCCGAGCAAGUAGUAAGUAAAGUUCGAGUGAAAUCCGAUAGAGACAUUACUGCCGUCCAAUCGUUGCUAGCUAUGAGCCAGUGGUGUCCUCCCAGUCCCGACCAUUCGAUUUCACCGACAAACGAUCCUCUUUUUUCCGUCUUUGAUCCUAUUCACAACAGUUAUCAACUUAGCCCCGACCAAAAGUUUGACAAUUCCCCACCAACUCAGACUCAAAAUGCUGUGCCUAAUCCGGUCGGCGUUUUUGGUUUACCGACGCAAAGCUUGGUAGAUUUUAGCAAGCUUUUAGCAGGGAAUCGCAUAUCUUUGCCCAAUAACGCUGGCCAGCAAGGGCCCAUCAUGAUUAUAUGUCCUAUAGCGGUGCCGACGAGCAGCGCCAAUACUACAACGCCUGCUUCAGCAACAAAUUUAAAUGACCUGAGAAACAGCGUACCUUCGACGAGCACUGCUUCACGAAACACACAGGCAACUACGGUGGAAGGCGAUUCAACCAGAAAAAGAAACUACGUUUGCACUUAUGAAAACUGCACGAAAACAUACUUCAAGAGUUCCCAUUUGAAAGCCCAUCUUCGUACGCACACAGGUGAAAAACCAUUUGUCUGUACAUGGGAAUCAUGCGAUAGAAAGUUUGCAAGAUCUGAUGAGCUAACACGACAUCGUCGAACUCACACGGGAGAAAAGAAGUUUGAAUGUCCCUUGUGCCAUAGACGUUUCAUGAGGUCGGAUCAUUUGACCAAACAUGCUCGCCGUCAUCUUACUGCCAAGAAAUUACCCGGUUGGCAGGUCGAGAUGAAUAAACUCAAUCAAGUUGCUGCCGCGACCAUGGCGGCAUCAAGGAAUCCACCUCAAAAUGAAAGUUGUAGCAUGCAGCCCAUGUUAUCCCCCAAUAUUCCACAGAUGUACUCGAUACCAUCACCUUCUACAUCAUUUGAAAGCCUAAUGAUGAACUCCUCUGAAUUAGGUGGACACUCAACUAUUAGUUCUUCGUCUACUAACACUCUCACUGUUCCUACCUGAAACUGUAUAAUCAAAGAAACUUGUAAAUACAUGGCUAUUUAAUUGAGCCAGGCAUGUUAAGAAGUAUGCACUUUUAAAGUUAUUGCUUUUUAUUUAACAGCAGAUUUGUGUGUGAAGUGUAUUGUAAUGUUUAUUAUGCCAAAAAUGUUAAUGAUUAUAUCAACUGGCAUCAAAAUUGAUGAGACAAUUUCUUUAAAAUCCAUCAAUUGUAUAUAUGAAGUGACGGCAUUUUGUUAAAUAAGUAAUACAAUCUAUAUUAGAAAAUUAAAGCAGAAAUUUUAUGUCUUCUAUACGAUA